AUGCGGCGUUCAAGGUGGAGCGCAGCACCAUCUACACGGGCCAAGGGCCUCGAGGUGGAGCUGGUCUGCCUCGUCUUCGCCGACCCGCCGGCCGUGGUGUCGUGGGAGCGGCAGGGGUCGCCGUUCGACCCGGACCGCCACUUCACUCCCCGUCACGACGUGGGCCAAACUCGCCACUCGCUCACCAUUCAGAACGUACGGCCCGAGGACUUCGGCACCUACUCCUGCCACGUCAAAAACUCACUGGGCACUGCCACGGCGCAGAUGGUGGUCACCGGCGUCCCUGACCGGGCAGUGAUCACCAGCGGAGCCAUCAGUACGGCGCCCGAGCUGUACGAGCUCAGCUGGCAGGUGGAGAGCUUCAGCCCCAUAAUCGAGUAUAAGGUCGCCUACCGACCGGCCAAGGUGAAUGCGAGCGGCUCUGUGCAGGCUCGGUGGCGAGAGGUCAAGGUGCCGACCACCGGCAGCCCCUCCGGCCUCCUCUACCGACAGCAAAUCCCGCUGGCUAAGCUUCAGCCGGCCACCACCUACCAACUCUACGUACAGGCCAAGAACGAGCACGGUUGGAGCGCUGUCUCCAAUAUGCUGCACUUUUCCACCAUCGCCAGGGGUGAAGCCCUGGAGUCCCGCAGCCUGUCGUCGGGAGGCGUGAGAGGAAGCUGGAGAGGUGCCGCUGUCGCUCGGGCGGCCGCCUCCAUCGUCCUGCUGCUGACGCUGUGCUAGUGGCUGGGCGCACCUGCGCCG